AUGCCGAUAGUCGAUGCCCAAACUACACCUUCAGGGGAGAUUAUUGGAGAAGUUAUAGAAUAUGCACGUUAUGGUGAAUUAGAGGACUUGAAGGCUUUUAUGAAUUUAUAUCCUGUCACAUAUCUCGAAUCAAAGGACGACUUUGGAAACACUGCUUUACAUAUGGCAAGUGCUAAUGGACAUUUAGAAAUUGUGGAAUUCAUAAUACAAGCAUUAGGAUCUUUGUUAGAAAGAGUUUUGAGUAUACAAAAUAGUUCAGGAAAUACACCAUUGCAUUGGAGUGCUUUAAAUGGUCAUGAGAAAGUAGUUAAAUUAUUAAUCAAGAGUGGAGCCGAUGCAAAGGUAUUAACUCCAAUAUAUGAAGCUCAACAAAAUCAUCACGAAAAAAUUGUGGAAUUUUUGUUGGCAAAUGUUGAUCCUAGUAAAGGAGAGGAGAAAAAGGAAAAAUCUACUGUAGCAGAAAAUAAUUAG